GUGGGUGUCUGGGUGUAAAUGCGUGUUUAUGAUUUUUAUAAUAUAUAUGUCUGUGGGUUGCAUCUGACUCCUGUGUGUGCAAUGUUGCUUUUCUCUCUGCUGAGGCUUACUUCUGCAGCCUAUUGUUUGAGACAACAGAUAUAAGUUGCGAUGGGAGAGGAGCGUCGGGUUUGGUGUGUAUCCCCCAUUUCCAAUUACAGAUGGAUCAUUACAGACAGCGGAGUCCUGAGAAGCCACACAUCUGCUCCUCACAUGAAUGCACUCACCUCCUAGAGACCAGGCUGCCAUCAUGCUCUGGAAGCUCGUGGAGAAUGUCAAGUACGAAGAUAUCUAUGAGAUGUUAGUCCACACCUAUUCAUCCAUGGACCGGCACGAUGGCGUCCCGAGCCACAGCUCCCGGCUUUCCCAGCUGGGCUCGGUGUCCCAAGGACCCUACUCAAGCGCCCCGCCGCUGUCCCACACCCCGUCGUCGGACUUCCAGCCGCCCUACUUCCCGCCCCCCUACCAGCCGCUUCCCUACCACCAGAGCCAGGACCCUUACUCCCACGUCAACGAUCCCUACUCCCUGAAUCCACUGCACCAGCCCCAGCAGCACCCCUGGGGGCAACGGCAGCGACAAGAAGUGGGUUCGGAAGCCGGCUCGCUCCUGCCCCAGCCUCGGGCCGCCUUGCCCCAACUCUCGGGCCUUGACCCCCGGAGGGACUACCACUCGGUCCGCCGGCCGGACGUGCUGCUGCAUUCGGCGCACCACGGCCUGGACGCGGGCAUGGGUGACAGCCUCUCGUUGCACGGCCUCGGCCAUCCCGGCAUGGAAGACGUCCAGUCAGUUGAAGAUGCCAAUAACAGCGGCAUGAAUCUAUUGGACCAAUCUGUCAUUAAAAAAGUUCCGGUUCCUCCCAAAUCUGUGACUUCUCUAAUGAUGAAUAAAGAUGGCUUCUUGGGAGGCAUGUCCGUCAACACCGGAGAGGUGUUUUGCUCGGUCCCAGGCCGCUUGUCUCUGCUCAGUUCAACUUCAAAGUACAAAGUAACUGUUGGAGAAGUUCAGAGACGGCUCUCGCCCCCCGAAUGCCUCAAUGCGUCUCUCCUCGGUGGCGUCCUCAGAAGAGCCAAAUCGAAAAAUGGGGGGAGAUCUUUGCGAGAAAGGCUAGAAAAAAUCGGUUUGAAUUUACCCGCGGGCAGGCGCAAAGCAGCAAAUGUCACGUUACUCACCUCCCUGGUGGAAGGAGAAGCUGUUCACUUAGCUCGAGAUUUUGGGUACAUCUGUGAAACAGAGUUCCCCGCCAAAGCUGUUUCGGAGUAUUUGAACCGGCAGCACACGGACCCUAGUGACCUGCACUCCCGAAAGAAUAUGCUGCUGGCCACCAAGCAACUUUGUAAAGAAUUUACAGAUCUGCUGGCGCAGGACCGGACACCGAUCGGGAACAGCCGGCCCAGCCCCAUCCUGGAGCCGGGGAUUCAGAGCUGCCUCACGCACUUCAGCCUCAUCACGCACGGCUUCGGCGCCCCGGCCAUUUGCGCCGCGCUCACGGCCCUGCAGAACUAUCUCACCGAGGCGCUCAAAGGCAUGGACAAGAUGUUCUUGAACACCACCACCACUAACAGGCACACGUCUGGGGAAGGCCCAGGUAGUAAAACUGGCGACAAGGAGGAGAAACACAGGAAAUGAAAAUUAAAAAAAAAAGAAGGAAAAAUGUUUUAAAUACAAAAGGAAAACAAAACAAAAAAGUUUAAUUUUAGCUUUAAAUAUCGGAUUGGCUUUGGAAGAAUUAUAUUAGGUAGAAUACACAUACAAUCAAAAUUUUAAAAAAAAGAAAGCUAAAUAACUUAAAAAAAACUGAGGCGUACAACGGAGCAACAAUUACUGUUCUCAGUGUCUAUUUCAAGAUUCUCUUGGAGACAACCGUCCGGAUUUUCCACUUCGGUUCUUUCGAGUUUAGUAAUACUGAUAAUAAAAGAAAAACCAUGAUUUUCCCCCCUUUGGAAAAUAAACAUAAGACUAAACAUGAGAAAACUCUAACUUAUUGGAAGAAAAUCGGAGAAACGUUGGUGUCAGUGCUUUGAGAGCUGGUUGACUGAGACGCACGAACUUUUUUUUUAAUUUUAAUUUUUUUUUUUUUUUUUUUUUUUUUUUUUUUUAGGAAACUCUCUCGCAGUCCCCGCCCUCCACCUCACCUCCCCACUUUCCCAGCCACCCUCUUCUCCACUGCCUUUCCUUCCUCACAUGGUUUCGGGAAUUUUCCGGGAUGCAAAUGGGUGUGGUUAGCCUUUUUGCGUUGUUUCAGCCGCGUCAGUGACUCUGUCCCCUCCCCGCCCAGCGCUGCGUCCCUAACCUACGGGUGCCCAGCUCCCUGGCCCUUUGCGUAACUAGGGACGGCGAGGGUGGGCGGGGCGGGAGCUCGCGGGGCUGCAGGCCUGACGAGCGGCGCGGCUCCCGCGGCUGAGGAAAAUCUGGACCAAUAAGUGAUUAAGACUCAUCAUCAAUUCUUUUCAGAAACGUUACUAGUUCUCAGCCUUGCCAGCAGCUGCAUACAGAGAAUCUUGCAUUUAUUAUAACAUUUGUGUCACCUACCAAUUUUAAGAACGAUAGUGUACACACGUGCGCGUGCGCGCACUCACACACACACACACACACACACACACACACACAGACACUAUGAAUACUGUUGAUUAGUAUGUAAUUCCUUCGGAGGGGUAUGUACUAUUUCAUUCUCUUCUGUUUUCCAAAGCUUUGCCCGCAUGGUUUAUGAGCUUCUUCAAAGAGGACUUGGGCUUCCUACACAAUCUAUAAGGUACUGAGAAAAAAAAAAUCCGAUCCCUUUUUCAUCAAAGCCUGUGUGUCAGAAUUCUGCAGGUGCACUUCUUUAAAGAAGCUCAAAGGGAAUAAUUUAGAAAGUGGCCAAUAUGAUGGAAGCAGCUUUGAAUCUACUUGCUAACAUACCUCAACACCGGAAUUCCAGCGGGGGUGGGGGUGGCAAAAUGAAUUUUAAGGGAAAAGGAUAAGGGUUUUUGGAGCCCCAUAUAUUCCAACGGUAGUGCCCUGCACGUAAAAUGGAUUUGAUUUCCCUGGGCUCUUUGGUGAUUGCUGUUUUAACGUGGGAAGGAGCUGCUUUUUGAAUACAGCUGGGGAGAAGAGUGGCAGAGACUUCCUCUUUUCUGCAACAGUUGCUUUCUUACAAGAUGCUUUAAGAUGAGGCAUGUUCCCCUCCUAGCUGUGCACUUGUUUUGGCAUACGGUAGUAAAAUAAUGCACAGUGAACAGACAUGUAUUUCAGCUUUGACUUUUACUGUCUGGGUACACUGGGACUACUCCCAAGUAGAUAAAGUUUCAUGCAUUUAAUAUUUCUCACUUCUGGAGGCCCGGUUACAUUCUUGGAACUCCACCUUACUAUCGCCAUGCAAUAAGAUCUGGAACCUUGUGUCUCCAGCUUCCCCAAAGCAGGGAGAAAUCCCCCUGGACAAAGGUGGAUGAGAUAGGUCUCUAAAUUUGGUGUAUACUUGCAUCUUUUGAAGCAAAGUAGAAAGGACUUUGACAACAUUCUUCGACAAAGAUCCAGAUGUUUUUCUGUGGGAUUUACAUUGGAACACCCCUCCCCCCCCCAUCUUGGUUGGCCUUGGAGUGAGGAGGGAUGGCUGAUGGUUUAGAAACCUGCGGGUAUCUUUGUCCAGACCUUUUAUCAUUUUCUUUUCUUUUUUUUUUUUUUUAAGUCAGUUGAGGAGAGGAAGUUAGGGAUGUGGUCUCAGGUCACCUGGAAGGCCUAAGCAGUGGUUGAGGUUACACCACGGCCCAUCUAAUACCCCCAACUCCUCUGAUGGCUCUGAGUCUGCUAGGUCCAGCUGUAGACUGGUUGAGAGGAAUACAAAGGCCGAGAACCAGAGUUUAGGGCUCAUGUAGGCAUUCCAUUUCUCCCUGACUCAGUAGCCUGCGCCUUGGUUUGAACGCCUGGCCGCUUGUAUUAGCUAAUUGUAAUCUGAUUGCACGAGGCAGGGAGAAACCACACUGAAAACCAUCGUCUCCUUUCCUUGCAGGGCAACGCGCCCCACGCGUGUGACGUGCGAGAGACGCGAUGGACGCGCCUUGCUCUUACUGUGCAGGUCCUGAGAGCGUGUGGGCCACUCGCGCCCAGUCGUGUUGAGGACAUAGAAUCAGCCGCUGGAGGGGCCGCCGGCCGCGCAGGCCCUUCCUGCUCUCGGUCUCACCCUAAGGGCUAAGGCGACCGAGAAAGCCCCAUUCUCCAGUAGGUAAACGGGGUGGCAUUUCCUCGGGCUGCAGGCGGGGAGGGCUCCCAAGAGCUGCGUAAACCCAUUGCUACCCGCGGCCACUGUGGGCUUCCUCUCCGGGAGGGAGAGUGGCCUAGAAAUAUGCAAGCAAUCGGAAACUCCCCUGCUCCCUAUCCCCUGCCGCCUGGACGGAAACUCUUCCCGCCCUUGCGCUCCUAAACGGGGAGAUGGAUGGGAAUUGUCGUAAUUGGCUGUGCAGGUUCCCUUCGUGGCCCUACGCCCUCAUUCGUGCGUUCCCUUCAUGCCCCACCCAGCCACAGAGAGAACCCCAGCGCGCUUCCGCCGCCCCCACUCCCUGCGCGCGGGAAGCACACUGCCCCCAUCCAUCCCUCACGUCUCCUUUCAAGUAGUACCGCCGCCCCUUUGCUUUCCUUAGCCCGGCCCGCUACGUUUAUCUGAUAAUUGAGUUAUUAAAAGAUUUGGUUUCCUUGGGCCUAUAAAUCAAUAAACAGUAGGAUUAACGCAAGAGUUUUCCUUUUAAGUCAAGGGAAACGUUUAAGACAAGCCCCUUUGAGCUUUGUUUUCAAACCAAACAGGUGAAUUGCAACUCCCCCCCCCCCCCGCACUCUUUCUAUAUUUUAUCCACUCUCCAAGCCCCCUCCUAAACGCUUGGUCCCAAACCAAAAUAGCUAAAGAUAGCAAGCAGGAGUCAGGAUGUGGCCGCCGCUGCCCUCACACUCCGCGGUUCUAACCAUCUCCAGACCGGGUUCUGCUACCUCCCGCUCCACGUAUUGUGGGCCUUGAGGCGGGAGGAAAGAGCUGUUCUGGGGGCGGAUUCCGCAAUCCAGAGGACCUUUACCUUCUCCCCCAGCCGGGGAAGUAACUUCUCUUCUUCCCUCCUGCCAAGUAGUUUGCAUUUUCUUUCCUUCUUUCUAGUCUCCACAUCCUCAACUUUCUCCACUCCCACAGAAAGAGCCGAAGAGGCAUUCAAAGACCUAACUUUUUGUUUUCUUUGGCCAAGGAAACCACUUUAUCUCCAGCAAUUAUAUAUCCUAUGAAAUAACUUUUGUCGAAUGGAAAACCCAAAACCUUGAACUUAUCUGCACACUGUUCCUCCGGUACAAUGCAUUCCUAGUUAAGAGUGUUUAUAGAGAAUUUGUCAUCACAUCUGAUAUCCUGUACUUGUAAUACAUUAUGUGGAAGGGAAAUAACAACCCUAAACCAUCUGAUGUUGCCUCAAGAGCCCAAACAGCCUUCCCCCUCCUUUGCCGAUGUGUAUUAAAUUAUUGGAUUUUUUUAAAAGAAACACUAAAAGUCGUUUUGUUGUCUUUAAAAAUAGAAAGAACCCGAUUCUUCCUCAAAUGCCAAAAUGGACUCCCCUUUUGAGUUAGUCUCUAAUUCAUAAGCAUUGUUUUUUGCCACACAAUCGAGAAAUAUCAAUCUAUUGGCUCUUCAUGAGAAGAGCUCUGGAGGGUAUCCGUGUUCAGUUUGUAUAUAUUUAUUUAUGCUUAAUUUAAUGGGAAUGUGUAAAUAUGGCGAGCAAGUAGUUUGGGAUUAUUUAUCUGUGAACCUAUACCUCUGUGAAUGGGUGGUUAAAAAAAACCGCUUGACUCUAGGUAGAAUCCUAUCUGAAUUUUUCUGUUCUUUAUAGACAAGCUGUUAUGGUAAUGGGUAGAAAUUGGUUUAUUGUCAAGUGUUGAUCUGAUUUACAUAAAUAAAAAGAUUGUUGUGUU